AUGGAGCUGAACAUCAGCAAGUGCAAGACAAUAACCUUUACGAGGCGUCAAUCGUUUAUAUCUCAUGACUACGUCGUUUGCUCUGCUGUUAUCGAAAAUAACGCCGAGAUCUCCAUCAAAGAUCUCGGCGUUAUUUUCGACACCAAACUGAAGUUUACCGAACACAUCAACACCGUCAUCGGAAAAGGAUACGCUGUCUUAGGGUUUAUCCGGCGCAACUCGAAGUCCUUCCGAGACCCGUACACGCUGAAGGCUUUGUACGUCUCAAUGGUACGAAGUGUCUCUGAAUACGCAGCAUGCGUGUUGGCUCCCUACCAUACAACGCAUAUCGUCAGGAUUGAAAAAGUGCAACGCUGUUUUAUCCGCUACGCCUUAAGGCAACUGCCGUGGAAUUCCUAA